GCGCAGCCCUGCGCCCUCCUCCGUCGACUCAGCUUCGGUGCCGGUCGGGCAAGAUGCGGUCUUCCCUGGCUCCCGGUGUCUGGUUCUUCCGCACCUUCUCCCGGGACAGCUGGUUCCGAGGCUUCAUCCUGCUGCUGACCUUCCUCAUCUAUACCUGUUACCACAUGUCCAGGAAGCCCCUCAGUGUGGUCAAGAGCCGGCUGCAUCAGAACUGCUCAGAGCUGAUCGAAACUAUCAAUGACACCCACAGUCUCAACGACACCACGUGGUGCAGCUGGGCCCCAUUUGACAAGGACAACUACACGGAGUUACUGGCGGCCGUGGACAACGCCUUCCUGGUGGCCUAUGCCAUUGGCAUGUUCAUCAGCGGGAUAUUUGGGGAGCGGCUCCCCCUCCGCUACUACCUCUCAGCAGGAAUGCUGCUCAGUGGCCUCUUCACCUCGCUCUUUGGCUUGGGAUAUUUCUGGAACGUCCAUAUGCUCUGGUACUUUGUGCUCAUCCAGAUCUGCAACGGACUCUUCCAGACCACAGGCUGGCCCUCCGUGGUGACCUGUGUCGGCAACUGGUUCGGCAAGGGAAAGCGAGGCCUCAUCAUGGGCGUGUGGAACUCCCACACGUCCGUGGGCAACAUCCUGGGCUCCCUGAUCGCCGGUGUCUGGGUGAACGGGCACUGGGGCCUGUCGUUCAUCGUGCCUGGCAUCGUUACCGCUGCUGUAGGCGUCCUCACCUUCCUCUUCCUCAUCGAAUACCCGGAAGACGUGGACUGCACCCCUCCUCAGCACCAUGGCGGGCCGGACGAGGACCAGGACAACCCUGAGGACCCUGGGAAUGGCCCCUACUCUAACAAGGAGAGUGGCCUUGAGCCUGCAGCUAGAUGCUCCAAGGAGCCAUGUGAGGAGCCUGCUGCCAUCAGCUUCCUCGGGGCACUCCGGAUCCCGGGCGUGGUCGAGUUCUCUUUGUGUCUGCUCUUUGCCAAGCUGGUCAGUUACACCUUCCUCUACUGGCUACCGCUCUACAUCUUCAACGUGGCUCACUUUAAUGCCAAGGAGGCUGGGGACCUAUCUACGCUCUUUGAUGUUGGUGGCAUCAUAGGCGGCAUCGUGGCAGGGCUCAUCUCUGACCACACCAACGGCAGGGCCACCACUUGCUGCAUCAUGCUGAUCUUGGCUGCCCCCAUGAUGUUCCUGUACAACUACAUUGGCCAGAAUGGGAUCACCAGCUCCAUAGUGAUGCUGAUCGUCUGCGGGGCGCUGGUCAACGGCCCUUACGCGCUCAUCACCACCGCCGUCUCCGCUGACCUGGGUACUCACAAGAGCCUGCAGGGCAACGCCAAGGCCCUGUCCACCGUCACGGCCAUCAUCGACGGCACCGGUUCCAUAGGCGCGGCUCUGGGGCCUCUGCUGGCCGGGCUCAUCUCCCCCACGGGCUGGAACAAUGUCUUCUACAUGCUCAUCUCUGCCGAUGUCCUGGCCUGCUUGUUACUCUGCCGGCUGGUGUACAAAGAGAUCCUGGCCUGGAAGUCAUCCCUGACCAGAGACAGAGGGUAUAAAGAAAUAUGAGGGUCCAACUGGAAGAGAAGCAUGGAGGGUCCCAGCUGGGUCCCCAACAUGCUCCCCAUGGGCAAGACAAUGGAAACUUCCACAGAUGGGGGAGGCAAAGCCCAGCCCAGCCCAGCCACAGGACUAAGGGUAUAGGAGAUUGUCCAUGGGAAGGGGACUGCCAAGCAGGAGGAAAUGGAAGAUUCAAGAGCCCGAGCUCUGGAAGCUGCAAGUAGAGGGGAUGGGGAUCAGAGCUGAGUGCUGUCUCUAUAUCGAUAAGGGAAGUUAUGCUCAGACUCUCGCUUGUUCAGAUUCCAAGACAGAAGGCUCUAAUAGGGCCAAGGCCUGGAAAACAUCCUCUCCUUCUCAUGUUAAGUUUUAAUCUCUGUAAUCAGCCUGUACCUACAGGUAGGCACCUCGCUCCAUUUCAGAAGUGCCCAGCCUGUCUUUGUCCCUUUGUGCAUGAACUAGUCUUCUCCUUCUCUGUGUAUUUCCCCAAGGUGGACCCUCUUCUACCCUCCGUUCGAUCCUGUUGAU